AUGGCGAGUACGGUCUUGGAGAUCAUAGCCUUCACGGCGUCUGUCUCCGGCUGGGUGCUGGUCUCCUCCACGAUUCCCACCGACUACUGGAAAGUGUCCACCAUCGAUGGCACGGUCAUCACCACCGCCACCUUUUGGGCCAAUUUGUGGAAGACAUGUGUUACCGAUUCCACGGGUGUCUCUGACUGCAAGGACUUCCCCUCCAUGCUGGCUCUAGACGGUUAUAUCCAAGCAUGCAGAGGACUGAUGAUUGCUGCUGUCUGUCUGGGAUUUUUUGCUUCCAUAUUUGCACUGUUUGGAAUGAAGUGUACAAAAAUUGGAGGCUCAUAUCCAUCCAAAGCUAAACUUGCUUGUUUAUCUGGAGUUGUGUUCAUUUUUUCAGGACUGUGUUCUAUGGCAGGCUGCUCUCUAUAUGCAAACAAAAUCACAACCGAUUUCUUUGACCCUCUCUUUGUUGAACAAAAAUAUGAAUUAGGAGCUGCUUUGUUCAUUGGAUGGUCAGGAGCUUCACUUUGCAUAAUUGGUGGUGUUCUAUUUUGCUUCUCAAUAUCUGACAACAGCAAAACACCCAGAAUGGCGUAUAUAUACAAUGGAGCCACAUCUGUUUUAUCUUCUCCUCCAAAGUACCAGAGUGGAGAAGGUGAUUUCAAAAACACAAGCUCUUCAAAACAGUUUGAUAAAAAUGCUUAUGUCUAACUAAUACUGCUACAAAUCACAAACUCGAGUUUGUCACAGAAUGAUUUCCAUCAAAGUCCCACUGUAAUUAACAAAAGCUAUUUAAAAAAUAUGAAUUACAGUACUGUUGAUUUUAUGGAUGUAAAUUUUCUUACAUAAUUAUGUGCUAAUCUUUUUUUAUUGCGACUCAUUAAAAAACAAACAGGUUUACUUACCAGAUAUUUUAAGUGAUUAAUAUAAUAAUUAAAAUAUGGAAUAUCUUGUUAAAUACAGUUUAAACCAUAGGUAUAGUAUUUUCAAAUUAACCUUCCAAGUGACUCAAAUAAUGAAAACUUUGACUUUUUGUUUAUUUAAAAUAGAAUAAUAAAUGUACCUAAAAACUCAA